AUGCACAGUGAGAUGGUGCAUGCUGUUCGUGAUGGGCCUCAUCCUCUGAGACAGCCCCCUAUGGGCCCCCCCGCUCACCACCCCAUGCAGGGAGCACUUCCCCCGACCACCCACUCCAUGCCCCCGUCCCCCUCCAGAAUCCCCUUCGGCCCGCGACAGGGCCCCACACCUGGAAGCGCCACCAUCCCAAGAGAGCGUCUUCCUAACGCCAGUCCCCGCUCCAUCUCCCCGUGUCCCAGCGCCAUCCUGGAGAGAAGGGACGUCAAACCGGAUGAAGACAGAGGGGGUAAAACCCACAGUUUGUCCAGGGGCAACGAGGGCUUGUACGCGGAUCCAUACUUGCUCCAAGAUGGCAGGAUGGCUCACGGACCGCACCCCAAUCCUGGUUCUGAUGUUCCAGAUCAUGGCAUGGGGGGAUUUCACAGAGCCUCCAUCCGCUCCACAGGCUCUUACAGCGGGCCGAGUCCCACAGACAGUAUGGAGCAUCCCUCCCUCUACAGGCAGAAGUCCAGAAACAGCCAGCUUCCAACUCUGGGAUCCAAGACUCCCCCGCCAUCCCCGCACCGCAUGGCUGAGGUACGGAUGAUUGACAUCCAUGGAGGACAUCCUCAUGGCCCGCCUCCUCAUGGGAUGCCUAUUCAUGGGAUGCCUCCUCAUGGGAUGCCUCCUCAUGGGAUGCCUCCUCACGGCAUGCCACCUCAUGGGAUGCCUCCUCAUGGCGUUCCACCUCAUGGGAUGCCACCUCAUGGGAUGCCCCCUCAUGGGAUGACACCUCAUGGGAUGCCUCCUCAUGGCGUUCCACCUCAUGGGAUGCCUCCUCAUGGCGUUCCUCCUCAUGGCGUUCCCAUGGAGAGAAGCUCACCUGUGCGCCAGUCGUUCAGGAAGGAGGAAGUGUCAGGAACCAAGCCUCGAAACAACAUGGGAUCCCCUGUGGUGUCCGACAUCCAGGGCCACCUGCAGGGGCCCAUCCCACCUGCCAAUGAGCACCACACACGAGUGCGAAUGAAGGCUAUGGAGCAACAGAUUGCCAGCUUGACUGGUCUUGUUCAGCAUGCACUUUUAAAGGAGCCAAACACUAGUGGCAGCAAGGAGCUACUAAGUGAGCGACCCUCGAAGACUUCGUCUCCGGCUCACAGCGCACACAGCUCAG